AUGAUCGCCGACGCAAGGGGAGGAGAGGAGAGAGAUGGAACAAGGCUUCGUGGAGAAUUAAUGGCCGCUCCUCCUUCUCUCGGAUCUUUGAAGAAUCCAGAAACCCUUUCUCUCGAUCCAACACUCGAUUUCGUUCCUAUCAACAACAAGAGCAUCUCUGUCUCUAAGCUAAGCUUCCUAUUUCAAUCCUCUACUAACCCUAAUCCACCUUCGUCUUCUGAGUCCUAUUUCGCUAAUCUCAUUUUGACUUCCCACGGAUACAAUCCUAAUCGGAAUUGGUCUUCUCAUCAGUUUCGUCUCCUUCUUACUGACCCAUAUUUGCUUGUUAGAGUUCUCAAUAUGAUUAGAGAAAAUCCAGAAAUCGCUUAUCAUUUCUUCAAGUGGUGUCAGAGUCAGCGCGACGUGAAGCAGUCAUUGCAAGCUUUCGCUGCGAUGCUCGAGAUCUUAGCAGAGAAAGAUUUGAUGUGUAAAGCGUAUUGGGUUGCUGAGAGGAGCAUUGAUCUUGGUAUGUACGAAAUUGAUGAUCUUUUGAUUGAUGGGGAUUAUGAUAAACGGAUUGUUCUCAAGAUUCUGGAUCUAUUGUUGUGGGUUUACACCAAGAAAUCUAUGGUUGAGCAGUGUUUGUUGAGUUUCGAUAAGAUGUUUAAGAAAGGCUUCUUUCCUAGUGUUAGAAACUGUAAUAUAGUUUUGAGGGUUCUUAGGGAUAAAAAGAUGAUGGAUAGAGUUCGUGAGGCUUACAGGACGAUGGUCGGGAACGGUAUUUUGCCAACGGUUGUCACCUUUAACACAAUGCUGGAUUCUUGUUUCAAGGCUGGCGAUUUGCAGCAAGUCCCCAAGAUUUUAUCAGAGAUGGUGAGGAGAGAAGUUGAUGCUACUGAGGUGACUUACAAUAUACUGAUCAAGGGAUAUGCCAAGAUUGGUAAAAUGGAGGAAGCUAGGCGGUUUCAUGGAGAUAUGCAAAGAGCUGGAUUCCCUGUUACAGCUUAUUCGUUUAAUCAGCUGAUUGAAGGGUAUUGGAAACAAGGCUUGUUUGAUGAAACUUGGAGAGUUGGGGACGAGAUGCUGAAUGCGAAUGUAUCUCCAACUACAUCUACGCAUAACAUUUAUAUACGCGCUCUCUGCGAGUUGGGAAGAAUAGAUAAUGCCAGACAGCUUUUACUUGGUAUGGCAGCUCCUGAUGUUGUGUCUUAUAACACUCUCAUGUAUGGAUAUAUAAAGAUGGGGAAAAUUGCAGAGGCUUUUCUCUUGUUUGAUGAGUUGAGAGUUAGGAAUAUCUGUCCCAGUGUUGUCACUUACAAUACUCUGAUAGACGGUCUUUGUGAGUUAGGGAACUUGGAAGCUGCUCAGCAGUUAAAAGAAGAGAUGACCAGCCAAAAUAUAAAUCCUGAUGUGAAGACAUACACGACUCUCGUAAAAGGAUUUGUUAAGAAUGGGAAUCUAUCCAAGGCUAUUGCAAUUUAUGAUGAGAUGUUGGAGAAAGGGAUUAAACCUGAUAGAUAUGCAUACACUACAAGGAUUGUGGGUGAAUUGCUGCUUGGUGAUUCAGACAAUGCAUUUCGUCUGCAGGAAGAGAUAGUGGCCAAUGAUCGUUAUACUCGAGAUCAGAUCACCUAUAACGUUUGUAUAGACGGACUCUGCAAGGUUGGGAAUCCAGAAAAAGCGAUUGAGUUUCAGCGUAAGAUUUAUAGAGAUGGUUUUGUCCCUGAUCAUGUUACUUACACCACGAUUAUCCGUGCUUAUUUGGCGAAGCGCAAGUUUGAGGAUGCCAGAGCCUUGUAUCAUGAAAUGCUGAAGAAAAGGUUAUCUCCCUCCGUGAUUACCUACUUUGUGUUGAUUCAUGGUCAUGCGAAAGCAAAAAGGCUAGCAGAAGCCUUCCAGUAUUCAACCGAGAUGAAAAAGAGAGGCGUUCGUCCAAAUGUGAUGACGUGCAAUGCUCUUUUACAUGGCAUCUGCAAAUCUGGUGAUGUAGAUGAAGCUUACAGAUACUUCUGCAAGAUGGAAGAAGAGGGGAUUCCACCGAAUAAAUACAGCUACACUAUGCUUAUAAACAAGAAUUCUGACCACGGUAAAUGGGAAGAGGUUGUUAAACUGUAUAAAGAGAUGCUAGAUAAAGAAAUUGAGCCAGAUGCUUACACACAUUGGGCCUUGUUCAAGCAUUUGGACAAAGACCACAGAUCACGAGAGGUUGAGCUCCUUGAAAAGUUAUUACACAGUUGA